AUGCCUGAACUACUUCCUACUAGCGACAAUGCAUCUGUCCAUUCCAACACAAUCACCUCAUUCUCUACAGCCCAUCAAUCCAACCAUUCACCUCCUCGUCAACUUCGCCGACGAAACACCGUGACAUCCAUCACACGAUGGGUAUCCAAGAGAAUAUCACGCCCAUCAUUGACCACCACCGCCCGGGGAAACGAGCUCAGCGAGAAGAAUCUCAAUAAGCUGAACAAGGCGACAGAAGCGGAAAUGGCGGAAAUGGAGAGGGAUGCUCUCGACAAAUCUCACACAGAUUUAGGAACCUACUCUUUGGUCAAGGGGCGUGAGACGUCGGUUCACCCGAUUGAAGAGAUCAUCAAUGAGCCGAGGCCGGAGCCAGACCUCGAGAGAGAGCGGGAAAUGCAGGAUAUUCGAUAUGAGGAUGGAGAUGAACGAACACACCUGGGCGACAGAUCAGAGCAAGAAUCUAGAACCACUCCCAAUUUCACAAGUGCAGUCAAGCUGUGGAGAGGCGCCCAUCGAGCGAAGCCAUAG